GAGGAGGGCGAAGAAGGACUUGCGCGCGACGAUUCUCACCGCUGCUAUGGAGGCGCUGGGCAUGGGUGUCCGGGCGCCGCGGCUCUGGCGGGUCGCAUUCGGUGGGGGGAUCAGCUGGAGAUUUAUAGCAACAUCUCCAGCUUCUCAGCUGUCGCCGACAGAGUUGACAGAAAUGCGGAAUGACCUCUUUAAUAAAGAGAAAGCCAGGCAGUUAUCAUUAACUCCCCGAACUGAGAAGAUAGAAGUUAAGCAUGUUGGGAAAACUGACCCCGGUACUGUCUUCGUGAUGAAUAAAAACAUUUCAACUCCCUACAGUUGUGCCAUGCAUUUAAGUGAGUGGUACUGCAGGAAGUCCAUUCUGGCUCUGGUGGAUGGACAGCCUUGGGACAUGUAUAAGCCUUUAACAAAGUCCUGUGAAAUUAAAUUUCUUACUUUCAAAGAUCGUGAUCCAGGAGAAGUGAAUAAGGCUUAUUGGCGUUCCUGUGCUAUGAUGAUGGGCUGUGUGAUAGAGAGGGCAUUCAAAGAUGAAUAUAUAGUCAAUUUGGUCAGAGCUCCAGAAAUUCCUGUGAUUUCUGGUGCCUUCUGUUAUGACGUAGUUUUGGAUAGCAAACUUGAUGAGUGGAUGCCAACAAAAGAGAACUUACGUUCUUUCACAAAGGAUGCUCAUGCUUUAAUUUAUAAAGAUCUUCCAUUUGAAACUCUGGAAGUUGAAGCAAAAGUGGCAUUGGAAAUAUUUCAACACAGCAAGUACAAAAUAGAUUUCAUAGAAGAGAAGGCAUCUCAGAACCCUGAGAGAAUAGUCAAGCUACACAGAAUAGGUGACUUCAUUGAUGUGAAUGAGGGCCCUCUUAUUCCAAGAACAAGUAUUUGUUUCCAGUAUGAAGUGUCAGCAGUUCACAAUCUUCAACCCACCCAGCCAAGUCUUAUACGAAGAUUCCAGGGUGUGUCUUUACCCAUUCACUUAAGAGCACAUUUUACGAUAUGGGAUAAGCUAUUGGAAAGAUCUCGGAAAAUGGUAACUGAAGAUCAAACUAAACCAACAGAGGAAUGUACAUCUACCUAAUAACUUUCUAAAAUUUAAAUAAGUUUAAUAAAUUAAAAUAAAUGUUUUUAAUAU